UGGACACCCAAAUAUUCUUUCUCUUCUUUCUUCAAAAAGAAUUUUCUGCUUUACAAUUACAACUCUCUAAACGACACCUUUCUUUCAUCAAACGACACCUCUAACACCUUUCUUCUUCUUCUCCUCCUCCUCCUCCUGUUUUCUCAAUCCAUGUUAUUAUUAUUCUCUCUCUCUCCAACGCCUCCUUUAUCUUCUUCUCCUUAUCGACCUUUCAGUUAUAGCCGUUGACUUUCUUGUUCUUUGGUCAAUUCUUGUAAAAGCUAAAGAAAAUGGAACAAGGAGUUAUUGAUGAUAUAAUCAACCGGUUAUUAGAGGUUCGCGGCCGACCCGGAAAGCAGGUCCAGUUAUCAGAGUCCGAGAUCCGCCAACUUUGUGUUUUGUCGAGAGAGAUUUUCUUGAAACAGCCUAAUUUGUUAGAACUUGAAGCUCCCAUCAAGAUUUGCGGUGACAUCCAUGGUCAAUACUCUGAUCUCUUAAGGCUUUUUGAGUAUGGUGGUUUACCUCCACGAGCCAAUUACUUGUUUUUGGGCGAUUAUGUGGACCGUGGCAAGCAAAGUCUGGAGACAAUAUGUCUUCUUCUUGCAUAUAAAAUAAAAUAUCCUGAAAAUUUUUUCCUCCUGAGAGGAAACCAUGAAUGUGCUUCUAUAAACCGCAUCUAUGGUUUUUAUGAUGAGUGUAAGAGAAGAUUCAAUGUUAGGUUAUGGAAGACAUUCACAGAUUGUUUUAACUGUCUACCAGUGGCUGCUUUAAUUGAUGAGAAGAUUCUCUGCAUGCAUGGGGGCCUUUCUCCAGACCUACAUAAUUUGGAUCAAAUUAGAAAUAUACAACGUCCAACUGAUGUACCGGAUACAGGUUUGCUAUGUGAUCUUCUCUGGUCAGAUCCCAGCAAAGAUAUUCAAGGUUGGGGAAUGAAUGAUAGAGGAGUUUCAUUUACGUUUGGUCCUGACAAAGUGACCGAGUUUCUGCAGAAGCAUGAUCUGGAUCUCAUUUGUCGCGCUCACCAGGUUGUGGAGGAUGGAUACGAGUUCUUUGCCAAUCGACAGCUUGUAACUAUAUUUUCAGCUCCUAAUUAUUGUGGAGAGUUUGACAAUGCUGGUGCCAUGAUGAGUGUUGACCAUACACUGAUGUGCUCUUUCCAAAUACUAAAGCCUUCAGAUAAGAAGUCCAAGUUCGGUUUUGGAAGCACAACUACAGCAAAGCUUGGAAACCCUUCAACAGGUGUUUUUGGGAGCACAACUACAACUAAGCCUGGAAAUACACCAGCAGGAGUCAAGUCCUUCCUUGGUACCAAGGUAUGACAGACUGGUUCGCGAGAUAAUUUGAUUGGAUAAAGGACAUGCCAGGACCGCCAUUAAAGUAAUAUUCAGGCCUUUUUUCUGUUCACUAUAUAGUAUUCUGAAUUGUAAAAAUUUCGGGAGGGGCAAAAAGAGUCAUUAGAAACUAAUGCAAAAAAAUUAUUUCUUCCAUAUAAAGUUGGGUUUGAAGAUUGAAGGUUAGCAAUUCCUUCUCUUCUCCAUGUACACUAAACUGUGUUCAACCUAAUUUUCAUCCGAUCUCAUCUCCGAGGCAACAAAACGGAUGUGAUAUAACUAUUUGAAUGCUUCAUUCAUAAAAGCCCUUUCUAUUUGUAUUUUUUACAUGAAUUCGAUGAUUUAGGCUGUGCACCAGAAUGCAUCUGGAAAUGUAAAAACAAUUGAAGCACCUGUUGGAGAAGCUUGCCUACGACGAAGACUUCUCCAAAAAGUGCUUCAUGCCCUUUUGUAAAAUCCUUUUGCUUGGAAGUUAAUAUUGUCAAAACUAUGAUGGAAUGUGAUACCGAUACCAUUAAAUUCCAUUCCUACA